UGCAAAAUGGCGUGCUUCUGUCCAAUUGCUUCUGUCCGUCUCUGACUCGCGGCCUGACUAUCAGACUGUUGGCCGCAUCCGUAUAAGGUACAUAAACAACACGUACACCUGUGGAGAGAUGCGGGCAAUGAACCAUGCAAACAUUCCCAUGACUCGUUCAUGAAUCAUCAUGAUGUGCACAAACAGGACGCCAUCAACCCAGUCUGUCGAUCGCUUAGUUGUCCUCUGAUCGGCCCUCCUGAGGACCGCCCGCUUCGCCACCUUCACUCUCGUGCUCCUCACUCUCAAUCUCCUGCAUGACACACACACACAAUACACACACAUGAACGGAUACGUACAUGCCCCUUCCCCACCAAACAUAGACGUGUAUGCCAUCCCAUCCACACCCACGUGGAGAAUUGCGAUGAGCGACUGCUUGAUAGCGAGAAAUGACGGCCGAUCGGCGGGGCUUGCGAAGCACUGGGCGACGAGUCGCCGGAGGGAUGGCCGCCAAGUGUGAGGGACGGGCAGCCUCUCGCCCUGCUGGCCCACACGAUAGGGAAUCUCCUCGGGAGAUAAUCCUAACCAUGGAGGCUGCCUGCACCACACACACGACGACAGUGCACCCAUCCUCUUCUUCUCUCCCUCUCUGUUUUUGUGUACAGUAUGUAUGUGGCAUUUAUGUGUGUCACUGACCCCAUGACCAUCUCCCACAUGUUGACGCCAAACGCGUAGACGUCACUCGCCUCGCUCAGCCCGGCGCCGUGGAAACCCUCUGGAGGGAAAUACGCCAGUGUGCCGCCGACCGACACCGACGCACCCGCACCGCCCUCCUUGGCCGUCGCCAGGUGGUUGGGCGACGUGCUGUGGCAGUGAGAGAGCGUGUGGCUCAGACCGAAGUCGACGAUCUUGGCCUUGAUGCUGCUGCUGCUGGUGGUGGUCGUCACGUUGCCGUUGUCAGCAGCAGUGCUAGGGAGAGAAGGCGUCUGCUCGAUGAGGAUGUUCAUCGGCUUCAGAUCUGAAGGACAUGCAUUCACCGCCCGUACGUCUCUUCUGCCAACCAAUCGGCCCAUCUCUGUCUUUCCCUGACUGACCGCCAUGCACAAUGCGGUGGUGUGCGAGCACGAUCAUGCCGUUGCAGAUCUCGAUGGCGAUCCUCACGGCCUCCCUGUCGGGCAGCGGGCGUGACGGCUGGCCCCUCCCCUGGUGGAUGAGUGCGUGCAGGUUGCCGCCAGUGAUGUACUCGGUCACCAAAUACAGCUCGGGGAAGGGGCGCGGCUCGUGCGUCUCGGGGUCGUGCCAAUCGCACGCGUAACCCAGCUGACACAGACAGACAGACAGACACGCAUGACAAGCAUGAUCGGGAUGGAUGUAUUUGUGUUCCGUUGUGUUGAGUGGAGUGUGUACCAGCAGGACGACGUUGGGCGACCGGACCUCAGCUAAGAUGCGGACCUCCUGCACACACACGCACAACCAACCAAGCAACCAACCAUCCAUCCAUUCACAAGCAUGAGGAACCCCCCGUCCAUCCCUCCCUGCGAGUGACCGACCUUGAAGAAUGAGGACAGGAGGUCGGCGUUGAUCAGCGUCGUGUCCGUCUUAAGACGCUUGAUCGCAACCUCCAAACCUACACCCACAACACACAAACAUGGGAAAUGCUGGUUGCUUGCAGGCUGGCCGUUGUCGUUGUCAAGGUUGUCUUACUGCGCCACUGUCCAUAGAAGACCUCUGAGAAGGUGCCCUCGCCGAUCUUCCGGGUGAAAACUAAAUCCUUCGCCUCGAUAUGCAGCGACGCAGGCAACGUGGUCUGUACACAUGGGCACAGACAGACAGGCAAGCCAUCCCUCGCUGUCCCUUCGCCUGACCUUGAGCCUGGCUGUCAGGUCUCUGAGUGCGGAAACUUCCCCACCGCCACACACGCCAGCAGCAAUGUCCCCUCCCUCCACGCCAGUCGCAGGCUUCCAGUCGCCAGGAGAAGACUUUGGAAACCCGUCAAGAGGGUACUCCAGGUCACUCAGUGGCGACUUGCCGUCACUCAGACUCGCACUAUCAUGGUGGUAGGUCGACGGCAAGACGUUCAGCAGGGGCGGCGCUGAGCGGCGUGGCAGCUGCAGGGGCGGGGGGGAGAAGAGGGACGUGAGCGGCGGGCCGUUGAGGGGAAUCGGCGGAGGGAAUGGGGGAAAAGUCGUACGCCGCAAAUGCGGUGAGUACUUCACGACCAUUGGCGGCGCUUCUCGGUCGCUCUCUCUGUCUGAAGGGGGCUGUGGGGGGCUGCUGUUGGUGGCAUGGUCGGGUACUGCUGCUGCUGCUGCUGCUGUUGUGGGUGGUGGUUCGCUCUGCUCAUGGAAUUGCAGCCAGUAUGAGCCUCCUUCUGCAGGGGGGGCGGGGGGAGGCAAGAAGGGGUUGGUCGGCAGCAGGGAGGGCCGUCCAUCGCCGCUGACGCUGGCAGCAAACGGGUUGGUGAGACGGUCAUCAUCGUAUUCGUUGUGUUCCUCGUCUCGCUCCUCGUGCAACGGUUUGUGGUCGUCCUCUUCUCCCUCAUCUGUGUCACCAGCAGAUCUCUCAUCGUCCUCCUCCGCGUCUUGGCUGCUGUCGUCCGCAUCCCCAUCAGCACCGUCGUCCUUUCGAAAGGAUGGCGGCCGUUUGUCGCUGGCGUGUCCGCCGAGCAACCCUCUCUGCUCGCCGUCAGACUCAUCGUCGAUGGGGCUGACCUCCACACCCAUGACGUUGAUGCGCUCCUUCUCCCUCAGGCUGGCCCAUCGCUUUCGCCUCUUCCUCACUGCUGCUGCCGGUGGUCGCCGCUCCUUGCUCUCAGAGUCGCUGGUGAUGGCCGUCAUGUCGUGCGGCAACAAGGAGGGGAGCUCCUCCUCCCGCUGCUGCUGCUCUUGUGCGCCGCCGGGAUCUCCCACAUCAUCACUUUCGUUGCUGCUGACACUGGAAGACGACGAACGAGAACGAGACCGAGAGGGACGUGGACGCACAUGUGGAUGCUGUGGAUGCUGCACAUUCACGUGUCUGUCCUCAGGCAUCGAGUCGCCGUCAUCGUUGUCAUCGACAACACGGAGCAAGGGCGCCGGCGGCUCGUCUUCUGCUGGGAAGAUGGGCGGCGAGGCCUCUCCCUUGGAUGACUCAGAAGAAGAGGAUGAGCUGCGGCUGCUGCGGGGGAUAGAUGGUGCUUGCACUGGGCGCGUCUCUUUGUUGCGAGUAGCUCGGCGAGCAGAAGGCAGCAGAUGGUUCAUAGAUGCCAAAAGUGCUCUUUCG